AUAUACAGAAAGAUUGGAGAAAGAGAAUUUCAAGCCUUACAAAAAGACAAGUCAUAAUAACUCACCUCUGGGAAGAUCACAAGGGAAAAAGAAGGAAUUUGUUAAAAAUACAAGUAGAAACUCUAGCAUUUCAAGAUCUCGCAGUAUAUCUCAAAAGGCACUAUCAUAUAUCGAGGCAGACCAAAAGACAUCAAACCAUGACAAUGUACUCGAAGAAAUUCUUAGAAGGCUUCAUAAUAUUGAAGAAAAACAGGGAACUUAUGUUCCCUAUCGCUCCUAA